GGCGGAGGCCCUGCGCGGGGCGGGCGAUGGCGGGGCCGCUGCUAGGCGUGGCGGCGCACGCGGCGGUGGCGCCGCCCAAGGCGCCCUCGACCCACGAGCCGCCGCCGGUGCCGAUGCCCGCGGAGUUCCCGCCGACGCAGUCCAGGGGCGAGCACGCGGGGUCGACGCUCCUGCCAGGAGUGAAGUCCAGGGACACGACCCAGGACGGCGAUGCGGGAGCAGUGGAAAGGCAGCUCAGCCAGGCCCAUCAAGUGGGGAAGCAGGUCAGCCUCUUCCCCAGCGAGCAGAACAGCCCGGGCGCGGCCAAGGCAGCGAAGGUGGGGAUGGUGCUGUCCGACCUCCAGAACAAGGCCCCUCUUCUGUGACAUCCUUGCGUCGUGACCACACCAGCAAGCACACUGUAUCUUAGCGAAGAACCCAG